AUGGGCAGUAAAUGCUGUAAGUCUGGUCCAGAUAAGGAUGCACAAGAGAAAGAGAAACUGAAGCGGCUUCAUGAAAAACGCCGCAGAGCAAGAGCCAAGGCGGCUGGGAAGAUCCAGGCCUGGUGGCGCGGCACCCUGGUGCGUCGCACCCUGCUGGUGGCUGCCCUCAGGGCCUGGAUGAUUCAGAUCUGGUGGAGAACAGUCCUGUGGAGGCGGGUUCUGAAGUGGCGGCAGGACCUGUUGAAGAUCUAUGUAAUCCAAGAGGAGGCGGCAGUCAAGCUCCAGUCCUGGGUUCGCAUGUGGCAGUGCCAUCGACGUUACUGCCGCAUGUGCAACGCUCUCUGCAUCCUCCAGGCCCCAGAAGGCUGCUUCACCUUCCAGACCUUCCGCACCAGUGAUAGUCUACAGGAACAAUAUGAAGUCGUUCCCAACCUGCCCGAGUUCCACAUUGAAAUCCUAUCAGUCUAA